AUGGUACAAGUAGAACCAGGUCGUAUACUUUUGAUAACCUUUUUGUCCACCUUGCUGAUUACUUCCAGCAUUGCUCAAAAGGAGGACGAGGAGGAGGUGGAUCCCGAUAGCCCUGAAAGUACCACACCAAAGGAGGUGACUUAUGAUUCAAGGUCUUUGCUCGUUAAUGGCAAAAGAAUGCUUUUCUUUUCAGGCUCCAUACAUUACCCUCGCAGCCCCCCAGAUGCCUGGCCUGAUCUCAUCAGAAAAGCUAAAAUGGGAGGCCUGAACAUGGUUGAGACCUAUGUUUUCUGGAACGUCCAUGAGCCAGUUCAAGGCAAGUACAACUUCGAAGGAGAAUACGACUUGGUGAAGUUCAUUAAGUUGAUUCAGCAAAACAAAAUGUUUGCAAUGCUUCGAGUUGGCCCCUUUGUCCAGGGUGAAUGGAACCAUGGAGGAUUACCAUAUUGGCUAAGAGAGGUCCCCAACAUCAUAUUCCGUUGUGAUAAUGAACCAUUCAAGAUGCACAUGAAAAAAUUUGUUACAUUGGUGAUUGAGAAAAUGAAGCAAGCGAAGUUGUUUGCUCCACAAGGAGGCCCUAUUAUAGUAUCACAGAUUGAGAAUGAAUACAAUACUAUUCAACUAGCAUUCAGAGAACGUGGAGACAGUUAUGUUCAGUGGGCAGCAAAGAUGGCCCUUUCCUUGGAUACCAAAGUCCCAUGGAUCAUGUGCAAGCAGAAGGAUGCCCCAGAUCCAAUUAUUAAUACAUGCAAUGGAAGGCACUGUGGAGAUACUUUCACGGGUCCAAAUGGUCCCAACAAGCCUUUCCUUUGGACUGAGAACUGGACUGCACAGUUUAGAGUAUUCGGAGACCCGCCAUCUCAAAGAUCAGCAGAGGAUUUGGCAUUCUCGAUUAUUCGAUUCUGCUCCAAAAAUGGAACUUUGGUCAACUAUUAUAUGUACCAUGGUGGCACAAAUUUUGGCAGAACAAGCUCUUCUUUUACAACAACUCGCUACUAUGAUGAAGCGCCUCUUGAUGAAUUUGGUUUAAUAAGGGAACCAAAAUGGGGUCACCUCAAGGACGCUCACAGGGCCGUAAAUUUGUGCAAGAGGGCUUUAUUUUCCGGCUCUCCUUUUGUUCAAAAGUUGGGUCCAGAUCAAGAGGCUCGUGUGUGGGAGCAACCUGGAACUUCACUCUGUUCAGCUUUCUUGACAAACAACAACACCAAGAAACCACAAGCGCUCCGUUUCAGGGGUCAGGAUUAUCAACUUCCACCUCGCUCCAUUAGUAUCCUCCCUGACUGCAAGACUGAGGUUUUCAACUCUCAAAUGAUCACAACACACCAUAAUUCAAGAAAUAUUGUAAGAUCCAUAGCUGCAAACAAGAACUUUAACUGGGAGAUGUACAGAGAAGUUGUUCCUGAUGAUCCUGGAAAUAAGCUCAAUGAGCCAAGGGAGCUUUAUGAAUUGACAAAAGAUACAUCUGACUAUGCUUGGUACAUAACUAAACUCGAUUUAGGUCGACGUGACUUACCAAUGAAAAAUGAAAUCCUCCCAGUUUUAAGGGUUGCAAGUCUUGGCCACGGACUCCAUUGCUACGUAAAUGGAAAAUACAUAGGUAGCGCACAUGGUAGCAAAGUUGAGAAGAGCUUUGUUUUCCAGAAACCCGUAGAAUUUCAGGCAGGGAGUAAUCAGAUUGCUCUAUUGGGGUUUUUAGUUGGACUUCCAGAUAGCGGAGCCUACAUGGAGAAAAGGUACGCUGGGCCUCGUUCCAUCACUAUCCUAGGUUUGAACACUGGAACACUUGACAUAACAUUAAAUACUUGGAGUCAUCAGGUUGGACUUGAUGGAGAAAAAAACCAAAUAUAUACCCAAAAUGGCUUCCCGAAGGUACAAUGGGUAAAGGGUGGACCAUCCGAAGGUGUAACAUGGUACAAGGGAUAUUUUGAUGCACCUGAAGGAGACAAUCCAGUUGCUGUAAAGAUGACUGGUAUGGGGAAAGGUAUGGUUUACAUCAAUGGUAGAAACAUUGGGCGAUAUUGGAUGUCUUACCUCUCUCCUCUUAAGCGGCCAACUCAAUCCGAGUACCAUAUCCCAAGAUCAUACCUUCAACCAACAAUGAAUCUUAUUGUUAUAGUAGAGGACGAGAAAGGUGACCCUAAAAAUAUUGAGAUAGUUCUGGUUGACAGAGAUACCAUUUGCGGUUUUAUAACUGAAAAUCACUUACCGUCAGUGAGGUUAUUCGAAGGCAAAGGUGGCAAACUUGUAGCCUUGGAGAAAGAUUUGAAACCAAGGGUUGAACUUGCAUGUCCAGGCCAGAAACAAAUUGUUGCCGUGGAGUUUGCCAGCUUUGGUGAUCCUUUUGGUGCCUGUGGGCACUACGUCGAAGGAAACUGCACAUCUCCCGUAGCAAAGCAAGUUGUUGAAAAGUUUUGCUUGGGAAAACCAAGCUGCAAGAUCCCUCUGGACACCCCGGAUUUGCACAAUAAAAAUGAAGCAUGCCCCGAAAUGAAGAAGACAUUAGCCAUCCAAGCCAAAUGUGCUUUUAAAGCGUAGUUCUAAACCUGCUUUGAGAAUU